AUGGGGAAGACGAAGAUGAACGAUUCUUCAAAAUCCGAUUACGAAGCUCUCAGAAACGCUCGCAUGUCAGAGAACAAGGCUAGGUUGGAAUCUCUGGGUAUUUUGAAUUCAGUUUCGAAGCUUCGAGAAAUUUCUACUCCAACCAAAAAAGAACGCUCCUGUGUCAAAAGGGUUUACGGUCUCGCUCCCCUACGCCGAUCUCAGCGAAUCAAGGGUGCCGCUGACGGCACCACCGUCGCCGCCGACAAUCUUCCGGCACGAAGAUCUUACCGUUUGAAAAGUAGUUUCAGCUACGCUGUUACCCCAAAACAAGAUUUAGGUGAAGAGGAGAAGAGGCCUGCUAAUGCACCUUUUAUUGAACUGGAUCCGGAGGAUGUAGAGCAUUUUCUUUCAGCAGAGAAUUCUGCACGGCGCUGCGGUAGCAAAGGUAGAGGCAGCGUCUACAAUCCAGUCUUGGGGAUAUGCUGCCAUUUUUGCAGGCAAAAGAAGUUAUGUGGGGAAGAAGAUUGCAAAAGAUGUGGGAAUUGUGAUGUGAAUGAACCUUGUCUAGGAAAGACUGAUUGCUCAGUGUGUCACUCGAGCCAGGGUGUCUUUUGUAGAGCCUGUCUCAAGGUUCGGUAUGGUGAAGAAAUAGAAGAAGUGAGAGAGAAUAAGGAAUGGAUGUGUCCACAUUGCAUAGAAGAGAAAGGAAUAAAUCCUUACUGGAUAUGUAACAGUUCAAUAUGCUUGAGGAAACGAAAGAUACCGCCAACUGGGAUCGCAAUACACAAAGCUCGGGAAAUGGGAUAUGAAUCAGUAGCACAUCUGCUAAUGGAACAACUUAAAGGUAGAAACUAG